GGAAGGCUGAUGACACACACUGACCGGUUUCUGGGCUUGGACUUCUACAGAGGGAUCUAAAAACAGCAGACUAGGAGUGCAGAAGUGCACAAGGAGACAACCUUGAAGAUAAAUCAAAUUUUAAAAAGCUGAUCAUGGACUACGCUGAAGGUAUCUUGUCGCUUACCACAACCAUCAAAAAGAUGGUUGACACUAUGAAGUCCAAUAAGGAGUACUGCAGUCGGAUUGCAGACAGAGUCAAAGCUGUUGAAGGACUGGUUUUAAACAUCAGACAGAGGGAUCCAAGCCAAAUCUCUGAUACUGUCGAUGGAGCUCUGAGGGAACUCUACGUCAUCUUGAACUCUGCCAAGAAUCUGAUGGCAAAAUUCUCUCAAACCAAGGCUGUUAAGGGUUUCUUUAAGUCUAGCAGCAUUGAGGAAAAGUUCAGCGAGGUGAACCAAAGGCUCACAGAGAACUUCCAGGUCCUUUCUGGUGCUCUGCAGAUUGAGCACACCACCAUGCUGCAAAAGGUGUAUGAAGCUGUUUCAAAACAAAGUACUGAGGAAGAGGUUUGCAGUAUGAUGGCUAAUACUAGUCUCACAACCCCUAUGUUUCCCCCUGCCCUGGUGUCAAGUCCUACAGUUCCUAUGCUUCCCUUUGCCCCGAUGUCAAGUCCUACAGUUCCUAUGCCUCAGCCUGCACAAGUGUCAAGUCCUACAGUUCCUAUGCCUCAGCCUGCACAAGUGUCAAGUCCUACAGUUCCUAUGCUUCCCUUUGCCCCGAUGUCAAGUCCUUCAGUUCCUAUGUUUCAGCCUGCUCCAGUGUCACAUCCCCAACAUCCUCAGCUUCCUCCUACACCUAUUUCUAGCCCUACAGGUCCUAUAUUUUCAUCCAUACCAAUGUCUAACCCUACAGCUGCCAUGCCUGUCACCUACGUUAUGUCCCCUAUGUCGGUGCCUACACCUUAUGUGAGACAGCCUGUCUACAAUACUACAACAUCCCGCUUUAUCGUCACCAACAACAUAGCCUCCAGACCUGUCAUGCAAGCCAUUUCUCAGGGGUCAGUCACUGGCAUCAGAACUCUUGCUCCAAUCACUCUUCCAGCCCAAAACAUGCCCAUUGUGUCAGCUUAUGUGGUCAAGAAUGCUUUUUUACAUUAAAACAAGACAAACGUUUUGCUAAUGGAAUUUGCUUACAUUGAAUACAGUUAAGAUACUGCUUUCAAGAGUGGAGUCAGGCUCAACUUAGGACCAUCUUGCUCAUCUUCACAUCAACCACGUUUCCUGGUUGGCUGCCCUUGUGAACACAAAGUUUGUGUAGCUGGCAGCCGGGGCUUCUGUGCCUGACAUGAACAUAUUAUGUUUUUUAUAUUAUGGUUAUUCUCUCUCACUGGUAUCCUAUGCAGCAAAGAAUAGAAAAAAAACUGUGUGAAACUGAGUGUUUAAUUGAGCUUUGGACUUACAGGGAUUACUUGUACAUACCCAGAUCAACAUUUGAAAGUUUGGACAUGUUUGAAAUGAACAUCCACCAUUGGAACAGGAUAUAUGACAGAAAACCUGCACGCUCUUUGGACACAGCUUGCUAAUUAAGCUAGCUAGCAUGAGGUGAUUAUUGUGCCCUCCACCCUCUCAUUCACUGGAUCAUCCAGUGGUCACAUCUGACUGCAAAAAACAAAUAUACAAGCAGCCCAAAUACAAUCACUGAGGCUCUAGCUGACAUCAUGGUGUCCACAUCCAUCGUUUAUAUACAGUCUAUGGUUACAGCUUAAUAAGAUUAUUUUAUAUGACCUUGUGUAUUUUUAUGAUGUAUUUUGAGAUAUUCAGGAAGACUAGUAGCAACUUCAUAAUAAACAAAGAUUACUGACUUUUUGGGGAAAAUAUCUUCUUGGAUUUUGGAGAAAAAAAAAAUCACUUCUGUAGUCUCUCCUGGAAGGUCUUCAGCGUGUAGCAUAGUUAUGCUUGGUGACUGGGUUUCACCAACUGGUGACAUCCUACCCUCUUUGUUUUAAAUUUUUCACUAUUAACAAUAGUUUCUUUUUGAUAAUAAUGUUUGUUACAUUUGUAGUGUUUGUUUUUCUGUUGCAUUUAUUCUGGUGGCUCCAUAGGAUAGUUUGCAGGUUUGCCAGACAAGCAAAGGACUCGUUAUUAAAGCCUGGGAGGAUUAUAAACCCCGUUGUCACAUAUGGCAUCUGCUGCCAAAAAUCUGCCAAACCAAAUAUGUGGAGCUACCCGCUGUAAAUAAGUGAGUGGAUGGAAGUAGCUUCUCUUCUUUUCUGAUGCAUUUGUUUUGCCAUUAGAUAUAUUUUGCUUUAUUAUUUUUAUGUAGUUUACAACUUGUUUUGCUGGUGAGUCUAUAAUAAAUCAAGAAAUCUCCAUAUCGUU